AUGAUAUUUGCGCCAAAGAGUCGGAAAGAGUUAGUUGGUGUAACGGUAGUGCAGUAUAAGGGGGCACACGGUCGGGUUUUUGAGGUGGGCGUGCGGCCGAAUAAGUUGUACGAAUAUAAGCGUAAUCCUGGGCUGGCGUUGGCGGAAGUCUUGCAUACGGAGUGUGUGUUCAGUGAUAUUAACCGUGGGGAAGUGGCUCGGGCGGCUGAAGUCCGGGCGGAGUUUGGAGUAACGGGUGAAGGCGCACUACGGGCAAUUUUGGCCGGGGGUACGGCACGACGAGAUAGUGCGGCUCGUGCGGUUGAAUUAGCGAGUCUGCGGAAGGCCGUGUGUGCCGGACUACAAGAAAGAUUGCGACUGCCUACUGGGGGUAGGAUUAAUGCGGUGCAAGCCGAAGGAUUGCUCAAGGAAGUCGGUCAUGCGGUUUCAACCAAACCACCAAAAGUACAGGUGGCUGAAAUAGCUAAGAAGGCCGUGCAAUUGGGGUGGCAACGACGCCGGAUUAAGCUGCGGGCCUCGGAGAGUAUUGACUGGGCGGGUGUGGUAGCAGCUGUGCCAGAAGGUUCGGUUUUCCAGAGUCACGGAUGUUGCUUGGAGGCCUCAGAUGAUCUGUACGGCUUGAUUUGUCGUGAGGCCGAACGCGCUGGAGUUAGCAUAGAGGAGAUCCCUGAGGAAGAGAUUGAGGAGUUAGUGGAGAUUUAA